AUGAGCAUGGAGAGUCAAGAUUAUCUGAACCCAAAUGGCUCGGGUGACUGGGCAUCAGUCCUGCUCUCUCCGGAAGACUUCGGCAGCAACAACAGGCUCGAGCGGAAAGACUCCGCUCUCAGGGAAGAAUUCCAUAACGACGGCGAUCGCGAUGGCGACGGCGUCACGUUGAGCGGGAUCAUUAGGCCCGUCUCACUCGAUUACGUCUGUCUCUCGUAUACUUGGGGCGAUCCUUCGGAACAGCGGCGCAUAUCCCUCAAUGGGCGGCCCUUCAGAUCUGUUAGAGAUCCCGACGCAUCUCAGCAAGACCUGAUGCACGGCUUCCUGCCUUUGCUGCGGUCAGAACUCAACAAUCCAUUCCCCAUGAGGGAAGUACUUGCGCUUCUGAAGCGUCCGUACUGGUAUCGCAUCCGGACCGUCCUCCAAGAAGUCAGGCUCCCUCCAACUGUGUAUUGCCUAUGUGGUGGAGUUGUGGCUCCUUUCCGCAGUAUCAUUUUGGGAGUUGAAGUGAUCUACCACCUCUGGUUCCUGAACGAGUCCGAAAGUGGCCGGCUGAGCUACCUGGCUAGGCCCCUGCUUCCCAUACUCACCAGCGCUCCGGGUCUCUUGAGAUCGACGUGUCAAGCACCCGAUGUUACAAAGCAAUCUCUCGUGAAUCUCGUCAUGGAAAACACUAAAAUGCAAGCGGCGGACAGUCGCGACUACGUUUUUGGUGCUUUGGCUAUGGCGAGCGAUCUGCACCAGCUCGGUGUUAAUGCCGAUUAUACGAAGAACUGCCUUGACGUGUACACUCACGUUACCGCAGCAAUCAUCAACCAAGAAGGGUUCGAAUUGCUGUCCAGGUGUGGCGGCGUGCGUGGGAGGAUGAGCAGCCUCCCAUCGUGGGUGCCAGACUGGUCGGCUUCAGGGCACCAGAACUGCGAAACCUCACAAUGGACGGGCGAAGUCUAUAAUGCUGGUGGGCAGGGGCAUAAUGGAAAUGCCACGUUAAAAGCCAGAACUCUAAACAUUAGUGGGGUGCUCGAUGGUUCAGUGGCAAAAUUAGGGCCUGGGGCCGAUGACUUCGACAAUAUCACGCCGAGCUCGGCUGGCGCUGACGAGAAUACGGUGACGUACUGUACCAUUAUGGAAGGCGGUUGUUCACUACAAACUGCGGGCUGCUCGGUCUCGGACUGA